AUUCAUUUCACAAAUUUAAAAACUGAUAAUGGAAAAGGAGAGCUGCUGUAUAACUGCUAUAUCAAAUUAUUCCUUACCAACGCACAUUUUAUGGCAGCACAGGAGGAGGCCAUUCAGCUCAUUGUGUCUUGGCCAGCUUUUUGAGCAGUUUAUCUGGUAUAAUUCUCCAGCCUUCUUGACAUUGUUUCUCUUCAGGUUUGUGUGAUUGAAAGUGUGCCGUGGUAUGACGACUACUAACAAGGGAAACAAGGCCUUAAAGGUGAAGCGGGAGCCAGGUGAAAAUGGAGCCAGUCUCACAGAUCAGGAGCUUGUCUCUAUGUCCGUUCGAGAAUUGAACCAACAUCUGCGGGGCCUAACUAAAGAAGACAUUAUCCGGCUGAAGCAGCGUCGCAGAACACUCAAGAACCGUGGCUACGCAGCCAGCUGCCGAGUCAAGAGGGUAACUCAGAAGGAGGAAUUGGAGAAGCAGAAAGCAGAACUUCAGCAAGAGGUAGAGAAGCUGGCAUCUGAGAAUGCCAGCAUGAAAUUAGAGCUGGAUGCCCUGCGAUCCAAGUAUGAGGCCUUGCAGAGCUUCGCCAGGACCGUAGCCAGAGGACCUGUCAUGCCGGUUAGAGGUCCGAUCACCUCUGCCAUUGGGCCCAUUAUGCCAGGCAAAGUGGCUACCACCAGUGUCAUCACAAUAGUCAAAUCCAAAACCGAUGCAAGAUCUUAGUACAUACUGCUGUAGACACAGGCCAGAGACAAACUAGUUUGUAAUAAAACUGGUCAAUUCAUGGAGUUAAAUACAAUGGUUGAAAAAAAUACUCGUUGGCCACCAUACCACACCCCAUCAGAAAAAAAGCAAGUUUUUCCACAUGAUCACCAGGCUGUGUGGCAAGUUGGUGAAUUAGCAAAGCACUUGUUACAAGAUCAACCUCAUUCUAUCAUAGAAACCAACCUCGUGUUUGGCUUCUGUAAUGUUCAGGCUUUCAAUUUUGUCCAUCUUUUGGACAAUUCCUAUAGACUUCUUGCAGUCUUAACUGAGUGAAAUCCAAAAUGAAAAGAAGGUCACUCAUUUAUUGCAACACCAAAAUUCUUACUGAGUUCAUAACAUAACCACAGUGAAUAAAAGGGAGGCCUUCAUUAAUUUGGAAGAUCUUGCCACUCGACAGCAUUUCAAACAGACCAAAUUAUGGUAGCUCUACAGCCACCAUUAAAGGGCAAGCCUGUUGAUUUUUUUUCCUCUUUGCAAUGUUUGCUCAAGUUUCAACAAAAAUAAAAAUGUGCAUUUUGGAUGGAGACAUCAUGACAUGUUUAACUUGGAUUUGCUUACUUUUUCAGUUUGAUUAUAAAGGGACUGUCGGUACAGUUUUUUUUAUAAAAUUGGAAGGUUUUAUUUCUGAUCUGAAACCUUGUGGCUAACUUUGUGCAUUGACCAGUGAACAGCUUCUCAUAUUCAUGCACAUCUGAACACGGUGUACCGUAUCACCAUGGAGUAAGGUAGUUCAAAUGACCUGUUCAUAUGGUUAAGUAUUCCUUUCUAUUCAUGUACUACUGGGUCUUUCUUGGAAAAAAAUUAUAGCACAAAUUAGAAAUGUUGAUUUUAAUUUGUACAUUUUUUAAAAAAAAACCAUCAUUGGAAGAAGACAGUGCGCAACAUUUAAAAACAUGCAGAGAUGGGAGGAGGCAGAAUUAAUAGCACCCUUUGUAACACUAUAUAAGCUGUUACAGAAACCCUGCCAUCUGCUUAUCACUAGCCAGUGAAGGCAGUGGAAUGUCAGUCUGACUGUAUAAUAAGCUUUUGAUUAUUUGAAAUGUGCAGUCUUCAUAACAAAGCUCAAUUCUUGGUGGCUUUGGAUUCUUUGAGAUAAAUGGCUUAUGGUGAUCCUAUCUCUUUCUCUGAUCUUCUAUUUAUAGUUUAUUCAUUAUGUCAUGUAUAAAUGUUGAAUAAUUUACAGAUAGAACUCAGAAGUCUGGUGUUUAAAGUUUACAGAUUUAAUGAAAUCUUUUCCACAAUGUGGUGUUUAAAUGUAUGAAUUCAACAGUUGUAUAAUACUGUGGAUGUUGUGGAGAACGUUUAGAUUUCCAUUGAUAAUUAAGUGGUGAAAGUAUGAUGUAAGCACCAGAAGAGUGAACACUAUUUCAGCAAAUGUUGUUAGCCUAUACGUUUUCUUUUGAAGAAAAGGUUGAAUCCUCUUUGACUUUGAUUAGUCAGAAAUUGAGAGUUGGCUGAUUUUAUUUUAUUUUGUUCCUGCUGACUAGAACGAGCUGCUAUUCCACCGGUCACUCCCCGUUCUCUCUCCUCAGCCAAACAAAAAAUUGAAAUGACUGUAUUAAACCUUUACAGAUAUUUGAUAUUGCUUCUUAAAGCAAGUGUGAGUAGAAGGGGCUGAUUAACCAUAUGAAUGAAAAUUUAUUCAGAGAAUCUUUGAUAGUAAAAGUUCCUCUUUAGUGUAUGUAUACAAAGUAUCUUUGUCAACAUGUAAGGGUAUUCGAGUUUAAUUUUUAUAAGUACACAGAUUAUCAUACAAUAUUUAUAUACAAAAAAACACAAAAAAAUGUUUAAUAGCUUUUACAGAUGUUUCUAGAGUGGCUUAUUGAAAUCAAUAGCUUUCUAGUGAAUCAGCGUGUUAAGUGGAUCCGGGGUGAUGUAUCUGUGAUGUGUUAAUAUGCAGUUUAGUGUUAUUUUACAGUUGUUUCAUUCUGUAUUUAUUUGUGUGUGAACACAAUGGGGUUUUAUGUUGUGUGAAUUUUUUGUGUAUUUCCUCGUUCACACUUGCUGCACAUGUGAAUUUUUUUAAAAAAUGCAACAAACUUCAAGGUGGUGUGUGAACCUCAAGUUCAGUUUGAUCAGCAGUUUCUUCUGAAAUACCCUUUGGCCCGCCUUAACCAAACCAGGAAUACUAAACUAUUGCACAGCAUCCAAUGUUAACUGUUUGAGACCUGUAUCUGCGCUGCAGUCUUUUUUUAAAUACGGGGGAUGAACCUUGAAUUCCUUGAACUUUUGUUGGCUUGUGUAUCAUCGUCAUCUCCAAGGUCCCCUGUAUCUUCUGAACUUUGUAUUAAUUUGUACACAUUCACUGCCAACACAAACUAAGGGAUUUGUUCUUUCGUUGUAUUGAAGUAGAAUAUAUAUUACAAAGAUUUGGAAACGCAAAAUAUAUUCAAUGUCUAAUGUAAUUUUAUGUUAAAUGUGUAAUUGAAGGUGCUGUUCAAUUGUUGAGCUGUUAUUGGAGUUGCUGAUUGUUCACUGUUAACCCAUGUUUGGUCUGAAAUACAAAUCUAUUUGGCUAAACUGCAUACAUGACUUUGUUUCUCGCACACCUCUAUCUAAUUGUGAUAUAAUACUUGUAGAAGAUGGUGUUCUACACAAUUCUUUUCAGUAACAAGAAACUUAUUUUUAUUGUCAGAAACAAUUUCUAUCUGUGCAUAAAGGGCUGUGCAAAACACCCUCAGCAUCUCAACAUAACCUGGCUUCGAUCUACUGAACUGCCCGCUGAGCAUCAUUACCAAGAACUCCUGGAUAGAAUCCCAAUCAACCCGGUUUUAAAACAAAAAGGAUUUGUAACAUAUCCCACUACAAUCUAUUAAUUUGUACAAAUCUUAAGAUUUAUGGAGGACCUUUUGAAUCAGAAUAUGUAACUAUUCUGCAGUUUAAAAACUAUAACACACUGAGUUUAUAAGGCUGCACAAUAUAGUUACCAAAUAUCAAAGUGUGGGGCUGGAUGAACACAGCAGGCC